AUGAUGAACUGUUAAUUCUUAAUUUAAAAAGAUCAUUUACAACAUAUAAGAAUAUUUAAAAAACGACACAAUAUUCUAAAAAUUCUUAAGCUGAAUUAGAUUAAUUAAUGUCGGUCUGAAUAAUUCAAAUAGGAGAUUUUAUUUGAAUAUAAUAUUUUGUAACAGCUUAAAUAUUUAAUGAGACUAUUAGAAUAAAUGUUACUAAAAACAAUUUAGGAAAUUAAUGAUUAAAGAAAUCGAUUCAGCAAGGAAAAUUGUGAAACUGAUGAAAUAAAAAUGCUUUAGUAAUAGAAAGAGUUAAUUUAAGCAGAGUUAAAAAAUCUAAAUCUGAAAGAUAACUAGUUUUCAUUUGUCAAUGAGUUUUAGGAGAAGCUUCAUACCUUACCAAUAGCAACUCUUAACUAAAAGAAUUUUUUAAAGAAGCUCAAAGCAUUUUAAAACUUAUUGAACAUUCUCAAAAAUAAAUCACAAAAUUAGAAGUUAUAUAGCUUCAAAAGAAAAACUUAAUUGAAUGCUUUCGGAAUUUAUUGCAUUACUUAUAUUAUUUUAUGA